UCGACUCAGGAGCAGGAGGGGGACCAACUGUGAGAGGAUACCAUUGCACUUUUUCUUAGCCUUGCAAUCAAAGCAAUUUGUCUUAUAAAUGUCUUGCAACCAAUCUCUGGAUGGCAGUUUUCCUCCGUCUCCAGCAGAAGACAGGGGUCCACAGCGUCUGUCCUGGAACAAUCUGCUGCAGAGGCUGAUAGAGCUGAAGGGAAUCAAUCAGACGGUCACAGCAGAUCAGUACUACAGGAGUGAAACUGGAUCUGUGGCAGACUUGUCUCUGUCUGACUCAGACAGCAGCUUCUUCUGUUACCCCCUGGAAGAGACUUUGGCUGCAGACGUGGUGACCACCAUCGUACAAAGCCUCAACAAUGCAUCAAACAUCCUGUGCUGCUCCAAACUCAUCUUACCUGACUGCCUAAUACACAAUAUUAGCAAAGAGCUACUCCAUUUGGCUGCAAACGAGCCUUGCGGCCUAAAGGGGGCGCUCAUUGACCUGUGUGUGGACAAGGGGGACCAGGGCUCACUAUGCGCUGUGGAUCAAAUAGCAGUGGAUCCCACCCUGGUCCCAACCUUCCAUGUGACCCUGGUGCUGAGGCCCGAGGCCAGUGGACUGUGGCCAAAGGUUCAGAAGCUCUUCAAAAGUGGCAAGCCCCCAUCUGCUAUGUCUCCAAGACACCGCAGCACUCUGAGGCUCAGCACCAGUUUCAGGGCAAUAAAGAGGAAACUAUACUGUUCAAACGAACUGCUGAUAGAGGAGUGCUUCUGAGGAGCACUCAUGUGCCUAAUAAUAAAAAAAAAAAAAAAAACAUUUUUUUUAUAAAUUAUGGAAAAGGGAGGGUUUAUGCAGUCUUUUAAAAAAAUAUCAUGGUCCAAUGAAUUGCACCGACAUGAUGGUCCUGAAUCAUUGGUGUGUGUUGAUGAAAUUAUGCAGUUACCCAAGGGACCAACUUAUGUCUCGUGGCAGCUACUCACCUAGUUGAAGGUGACUCAGAAGACAAGUUUUUUCCCAUGUAUGUGAGGGAAUGUAUUUGAUAGUCUUACCACAUGAAAGUUGUUUUGUAUUUUUAACUUGAAAAGCAUAUAAAAUAAAUUAUUUUUUUAUUAA